GUGUCCUCAUACAUGAGGCGCAGUUUGCGCUGAGGUCGAGUGGGAAUCCCCCUAAAAUGGAGGCAAUACUUGGGAAUGCACGUAAUGCCGUGCACACUUUCGCUCUACUCCUCCCUUCUGCCCUCCCUCGUCUCGUCUUCUGCCUAGCAGCAGCUAGCAAGUUCGCUUCACGCUUCCCCAUCGCUAGCUUCGUCGUUCAACUCGAAACACCCCGCAGCCGCUGGUCAUUGUCCGAAGCUUUACGCAGCAAACCGCGCGAUCAAAAGCUCUCGGUUCAACGCGGGAACUUUUGCAACCAAAGCGCGCGCCUCACAUCAGCCAGUGAUCGUGACGUAGUUAUUGACAAAUCAUUAUUUCGCUUUGCGCUGCAUUUGAUGUCACCCGAGCUCUAGCCACGCGUUGUCUGCACAGGUCUCCUGCCGCAAAGGACUCUCUUAGAAGUGUGCGAGGACACGUCACAGUGCGAUGAAAGGGACGCAGGGAGAGCAGGAGGGAUGAGAAAGCGAUUCAAGUGAAAGAAGUCUCGCAUCACCAUAAAGUGCCUCAUCUGGAUGCUGCGGAAGCCCUUCUCUGUGUCCGCUUCGGAGCGCUCUCUUCUCCGCUGACUUGUGCGCGUGCGCGUGUGUGUGCGCGCUUGGCCUUGACUUGGGCUAUAUUUCACCCUGACAGUCAAUCAACCCAUUUGCCUGUUCCUCGAUUCCAGCUCCGCCUGCUCGCCAUUUCACCUUUUAAUACAAGGACGCCAGUCGAUUAGUUUCCCUUUUGGGUUCUCAAAGUGUCUCUCCCUUCACUUCUGCAGUCUCUCCAUCCCUGGUGACCCAGACAUGCGAGUAUCUUUAGGGACUGCUGUGCCUAUGGCAACAGGGCAGGGGGUUUCAGAAGCCUAAAUUUAGAGAAAGUCCAUUUUACAUCAAUGCAAGAGGGUUAUUUUAAACCCAGAGCUCCGGAGGGUGAGUCUAGACAGUGGGGCGACCACUGCAGACAAAUACAAAGUGCCGCUCUACUCUACUUUUAAUGCCUCGUUUUCCUGGACCGCAGCCGAAGAUGCAACGCAGCAUGUCACAUUGACCUACUCCACCUCAGCACGCUCGAUUCAUCGCUCUCCCUACCUGACUUUAAACUGAUCUCAUAUUCUCGUUUUACUUCCUCACUGGCUGAUCAGCAGACUAUGCCCCCUUCCUGUCCAUAAGAGAGUUUGGUUUUCAUUUCUAGACUGGUAGUCUGAGGAUCUCCUUGCCACUGUGCUCAUAUUUUGCAGCUUUUGUGCUUCAUCACGCCUGGCUGCCCCACCCCAGCCCUCCGCUCACCCACCGCUCGCCGAGGGACCGCCAUGGCCGUCAAUGUGACCAUGGGUCGCGACACCAAGUGGCUGACACUGGAGGUGUGCAGAGAGUUCCAGCGAGGAACCUGCUCACGUUCGGACACCGAAUGCAAGUUCGCUCACCCCUCUCGCACCUGCCACGUGGAGAACGGCCGCGUCAUCGCCUGUUUCGACUCACUCAAGGGACGCUGUACACGUGAUAACUGUAAGUACCUGCAUCCUCCGCCUCAUCUCAAGACCCAGCUGGAGAUAAACGGCAGGAACAACCUGAUCCAGCAGAAGACCGCAGCCGCCAUGCUGGCCCAGCAGAUGCAGUUCAUGCUGCCUGGAGCUCAGCUGCAGCCCAUAGUGAGAUCCCAUUUUAAUAACCAACAACAUCACGACCGUUUCUCUUGGCUUGAAAACUUUGCUUUAUUAUCCCUUGUUGUCUUUGUGUCUCUCAUCCAGACCUCGUUCCCAGUAACGCCUUCCUUGGCCAACAGUCCGAGCAUGGCUUUCAGCCCGUACCUGAGCCACAUGAGCCCGGGCAUCAGUCUCAUGCCCGAGCUUCUGCACAGCGCCCCCGUGCUGGUCCCGGGGAGCCCCACCGGCAUCGCCAUGGGCAACGGAAAUUCAAUGCAGAAGCAUGUUCGCACAGACAAGCUUGAGGUGUGUCGAGAAUUCCAGCGGGGGAACUGCACACGCGGGGAGAACGACUGCCGCUAUGCCCACCCAAUGGAAGCCGCCAUGGUGGACGGCAGCGAGAACUCCGUCAUUGUUUGCAUGGAUUACAUCAAGGGCCGAUGCACCCGUGACAAAUGCAAGUACUUUCACCCUCCGGCUCACUUACAGGCCCGGAUAAAGGCGGCGCAGCACCAAGCCAGCCAGAAUGCUGCUGCCAUGCCCUCAGAGCGUCCUCUGAAGCGCAGCCUGCAACCAACUUUCAAUCUGGCUUUGCCACCAGGAGCCAUGCAACAGCUACCAAAGAGACCGACCCUGGAGAAGACUAACGGCGCGGCUGCCGUCUUCAACCCCAGCAUGUUCCACUACCAGCAGGCUUUGGCCAGCAUGCAGCUGCAGCAGCCAGCGUUCAUUCCCACAGUAGACGCCGCCGAGGUACUGAGCGCCGACCCCAUCGACCUCCAGUGCGUUCCCAUGGAGGCCCAUUUCUGUCCAGUUCCUAAACUCCUGGUGGCUGCACCAAUGACGCUGAAUCCAGUAAGCCUCUCCCGCAAUCCCACAACCUAAUCAGGCCCAUCUCUCAUGCAACAUGUGCCCAAACAACAGAAAAAUGAAUGCAACAAAACGUGUGCCUAAUCAGUACGUCCUUAACGGGCAAUACAUUCAUCCUCAUGUCAGAGAUCCCCACUUCAUUUGACGUCAACAGAGGUUUGUUGAUAUUGAAACAGGCAAUACUUAAGCUUGGACCUACAACUGUUUAAGGAAGCAUGCCAUCUCGAUGCAAGGAGACGUAAGGAGCGUGCGGAUGCUGAAUCAGGAGAUGGAGCGCUCUCGUAACUCACAGCCAUACGAAUACAUGCAAACCAAUUAGCUGAGAAGAGUGAAUUCUCUAGAGGUGAACAUUAGAUGUGCGGUAUGAGGUGGAGUCGAUGCAGAUCAUCAGCAGACAGAAUGUUUCUCCGUCGUAGAAUGUGAAAACCCAGUGUGUGAGAGCGACACCUAAUGAAAUUUUACAUAGUUGUGGUGGUGGUGGUAAUUUCUUUCACAUUUAAUUAUGAUUAAUGAACGUGGCACGUUUUAUUUCAUGUUUACAUUUCCAAAUGUCGGGGGGAAAAAAAGGUUAUUUGAAAAUGAUUGAUGCUUUUGUAAGAUAAUCUGAUACUGAUUCUCAUGAUACUGAUUUAGGUUGUUCGUUAAGAGGUUUUCAAAAUGUCGUUGUUCGUGCCUUUGAGUUACAAGUGUGUGGACGUCUUUUUUUCCCCCCAGUUCUUCUGUACUCAACUGACUUACAUUUUAUCAUAGACUAAGAAAGUAUACCUGUGUAGCCUUUCAGAAUCAAUGUGUCGUUCCUCCGUCUACUUAGGGAUGUGUGUUGUUGUGAGUUUUUCUUGACAGAGUAUUAUUUAUUUAAUGACUUUCCAACAGGCUAAAACUGGUCUACUGAGAUAAGUGUUACUAUUCAUGCCUGAAGUGUCUCACCUCGCAUUUCAAGCUCCACAUCGAGGUGGUCAAACAGAAGAUUGGUUCACAUACUCAUACCUCCACUUUAAAAAUAGAACUGCCUUAAGCAGACUAAAUAUGAGCACUUCUUGUUGGGCAGUGUGAUGCACACUGAAAUGUAAGGUCUGAUUGCAGGCCUUCUGGAUGUAUAAGAUGGCUCAUUGAGAAAAUUGUAACUUUAUUUUUAUUCCAGCUGGUCUUUGUUGUUCAAUGUUUCUUGCAAAUAUUUCUUAUUGUCCGAUGUCCUGGAUAUUCAAAUGCUCUAAAAAAUAGUCACUUUUUAGAUUAUAUAUUGCAUUUCUUCAAUUAUUGGGUGAAUUUCAUGAAAACAAGUCAUAUUCCAAGUCAUAUUUCAUACCAAAAGCAGAAGAAAAAAAUAUAUAUAUAUUUGCUAAAACACAUUUUUAUGCCAAUUAAGCAGUCCUAUUGUCAUUACCAUAAUACAACAAAUCUCAGUUUUAUCACUGUAAUGUGCAAUAAAUAACUACAUAAUUACACAGAAAUAAUUUUAAAGUAUUACGGUUACAUUUGUUCUAAUUCUGUUGUUAACAAAAUAUAAUACUAAAAGCAAUUAUAUAAAAAAAAAUAAAAAUGUUCCUGUUAUAUAGUAAAAAUGUCGUACUAGUGAAAUCAUAGAGGAUUAAAAAAAAUGCAAUUGCUCCAGUGCAAAAACAUACAAUGCCUCACGGAAAUGUAGUUUAAUUGUCACGAAAAUGAAAAAAAGAGGCAUAUGCAAAAUCAAAUUUUCUGUUUUGAUUUUGGUGUGAAAUGUGACAUUUUCAUAGGAUUCACCCUAUUACCAUGUCUAUCUCUUGUAGACAAACCCCUUCUGAUGGCUGGACUGUCUCUGCCUAAAUCCAUGCUCUGCCCCACCUGCUGUGUGACAGUCUGUUCGUCUCCACUUUUUGUUCAGCCAUGUUUGGUGCAUCCCUGAGUACUAUAAGAUCAGUUUUCAGUGUCCAUUAGUUGCCAAAAUUAUUCUUUAAACUGCAUGUUCAGUGGUUUACACACUCAUUUAUAACAGAUUGGCACACAUAUGUUAAAUCCCCGAUCAUUAAAAUUACAAGGAGAUAUGCAAAAUCCUUUCUAGAAGUCACAGACUGGUACCUGAUUUGAAUGUCCAGCGUCUCUCCCAUUAGUUUGCUGUAUUCAGCAGCAUAUGCGACCCCCUGCACACACAUGUCAAGUGCACUGCUUUUGUGCCAAUGACUCAGACAGGUCGCCCUGUGCCAAUCACUGGAGAACUCGGACUGCACAAUCAGGCCUUGACAUGCCAAAGUCAUGAGCCAGAUGGAUUGAAAUUGCAAUAUUGCAAAUGUGCCCACCCAAGCGACAAAUCUAAACCUAUUGGAGCAAGCUAUUAUCUUGCGCUUUCUUUAGAUACAUCUCAGUUAUCAUUAGGCGAGUCCUACAGUUGGGAAACUGACAGUAGGGCAGUUUUCAGCAGCUGUUUUUAUUACUGCAUCAGUGUGCACCCACUAAUAGAGUUCCGGUCUCUGCCAACCAAGAGCUCUAUUCGAUUAUUGCCGUAAUACAUUAUUGAUAGUUUAUCCAUGGAGGAAACAUGAAAACUGUAUCAGACGGACGAUACACAGAGGUCUGCAAUCCAUUAGGGGAGUUUCUUUGCCCAUUUUGUCUUUGAGAUAGACGGCCGAUUGAACUCUUUAAGUUGAGUUUGUGUUUGUUGUGUUCAUGUGCGAACAAGUUUAAAUCACUGACUGUGUCCUUACUUUCAAAAGUCGGCAGACUCUAAAAUGCAAGGGCGUAGAUGACCGUGUGACAUCUGAAUAUUUGGACUGUGAGCUGAAAGCUGCGGCUCUCGUGUAGACAUGUUACAAUUAAAAGAAAUUUUGAUUCUUUUCAGACUGGGUACUUAGAAAGGGCCCUCAUCAGCCAAAGCUUCAUUUACGAGCCCCUCCGCGGGCCUUUACAUGCAUAUAUGAAUGUGACAUUUAAGACAGAGAGAAUGUCACGAGAGGUUUUGGAUGCCUGUCUCACCAUUUCUCUCGAACAAAACUACAACCUUUCUCAACAUAUCAAGGAAGUGAAAGCCUCCCAAUGCCCAUCCACUGUUGAUGUACAAAAAGAGACAGAAAAAGCGUUUUUCGUCACUUAUCUCAAAGACCAUUCUCUAAACUGUUGUCUCCUUUGGGACAGCCAUGUUGUUUCAGCGGCGUAACCCCAAGAGAGAGCCGUAAAGCUGAUUUUAUGACCUAAAAACAUCAUUGCAACUUUUUUUGCUGAUCAGCACACACACUAUCUAGGCCAAACACAAGUGAAACGAUAUCAUACAGCGGUGGUCUAAACCAAGACAAAAUCAGAGCGAGAUGAUACUAUACUGUGUUAUAACUGAAAUAGUAUCUGUAUUGUAAACAUCUCUGUAUAAUGUUCAUGUGUUUUAAGGUUGUUUUAAGAAAUACUGGGGCAAGUACGUGUGGAUUCCUUUAGGAACGAUCUCUACUGUUUAUUGAUGUGUUGGAUUGUGUUUUGUAAUUCAGUUCCAUUGCCCAGCCAAGGUGUAGAAGCUCCUUUCUCUCUGUCUCUGUCUCUCUCUCUCUCUCUCAUAUAAAGAAUUAUGCCUUCUCCAACUGCAAUCCAGCUGGAAUCAACAAAAUACUUGAUAAAGAAAAAACAAUGUGCCUCAUCGGGGGCUUUAGCAUUUUAAGAACUCACUUUUUAAGAAGUGUGAAUACCUGCAUAAAGUAGUUAGCUAGAAUAAUCUAUGUGUACGUAUUACAAACGCAUCGUCACCGUCAUUCUAGUUUUUCACAUUAUUGAUCUUCGUAACGGUACCUGUUUUAACUAUAUCCUCACGACUUCAGUCAUGUUACGGUGUGUUGUUUUGACAGCUGUCAAUGGUAGUUUGAGUUUGAUCAUUAGCGUUACUCGGUUUACCUUACCUUACAUCGUAAAGUCUGUCAUCGCAUGAAAUUAAAAUAAUCUGAAUAAUCUACAUCAUAGUUUGUGCAGUUAGUGGUUUAAGAUUUAAAAGAAUUACUUAAUCUAUAUAUCUAUAUAUCAAUAUACACAUUUGUAUGUAUUACAAUGAUAGAUUCAUUGUUACCUAUGAUAGUAAGUUCUUGUUGCUAUGGCAACAAAACUACAACAUGGCUACCUUUGUAUAUCUUAAUUGUGAAUUUUUUUCACACUUCAAGUGAAAUAAUGUACAACGUUAACUUAUUCAGAAAGGGAAUGUGUUCUUAAGUUGUCUUGGAAAAAGAGAUGAUUGACUAUUUUGUAAAAUUAUAUAUAUAUAAGCGUAUAUAUAUAUUCAGACUUGUGAGAUACUUUGUCCAAAGGCCCUUUGGAGACAUCAUACGUUAUUUCUGUUUUAAUGAUUAUUAUUUUUCUAUUGGGGUUGCUGAUCACUUUUAGAUAAGAACCAGAUCUUUACGUAAACAGCAUCUGAGCUUUUGAACUAAUCAGAUGGAUCAAUUUGGGGGAAAGAGACUUUCUAGUCUUAUAUUUGGUCCGAAAAGCUUUGGCGGUUUUCAUAAACAACACAGCCCUGUGAUGUCAGUAACGGGACGGUAUCAGCCAUACGUGAGCCCCUGAUUUAAAUCUCUGUCCCCCUCUGGCCCACCCAGACUGCACCCCAGCUGUGCUGGGACCUGGUGACUCGCGUCACCCCAUCGGUGUACGAAUGUGUGUUAUUCACCUUGUUUGCACUUAUGUACAUAACUGAUUCAAAAUAUUCAGAAUUUAUUUUGAAUAUACAUAGAUGAAUAAAUAUAUAUAUAUAUAUAUAUGUAGAAGAGCAGAUUCAAAUCAAAUGUCUGUAUCGUUCGGAAUACAGGUAAACAGUUAUCCUUUUAAAGGGUUGUCAAAGAGAUAGAUGCUGUUUCGCUGGGGUGUCGAGGAAUUUGUUGUUUGUUCUGUUUGCUAAUGCCCUCGUUCUCAUCGUUAAGCAUGAUACUGCAUUUUGCAGAGAAAAUGAUGUCAAAAAAGGCUUUAUAGUUUUGCGUAGCUUACAAAAGCGCAGCGACCUGAGCACUGUGCCCGCUCGCGUCUGAUCCUGAGGUCCAGAAACCAAAGAACGGCCAACUUGUUUCUCUUUUACCUCUACGUCGUGCGGUUUUGUUUUCUGUGUAGUCCCUGUGGUGUAGUCCCGUGGGACGCCAUGAAAAGGGGGGAGUAAUAAUGCUCUGCCCCCUGCAGGAAGACCAGGAGGGCAGCGUAAAGAGCACCUCAGGGUCAGACCGCAGCUGGAAAGCAUUGCUGCAGGUUACACAAAAUAACAUAUUUCAGUUUUCCAUUCUUGUGCACUCACCAAGACCAACAAAUAACCUGAAAAUCUCACAGGAUAUCCUCAAUCAAAAUUGCUACAAAAUCCAACGUGAAAUCGCCAGACAGAACCCUCUGUUGAAGAAAACUUGUACAUUCUGUGCUCUACAGUUGCUUUGGAAGCCAAUAAUUUUGUUGCCAUGGCACUUGCCCUAUUAGUGAGGGAGAGACUGAGUCUUUUGUAGGUUCUUGCAUAUAGACGCACCUUUGGACCAAUCGAUUAUGGUCCUCAGCCUUUUGACUGUAAAGCUGAGGUAGAACUUAGGACUUGGCAUAGACUAAGGGGUCCCGACUUGCAUCCAGAAGCUGAAUGCGAACAUAGGGGUGCUCCUUUUACCACUGUGCUUGACAGAGAAAAUCGACAAACACUCUUCUGCUGUCCAUUAUCCUGUGCCUAAACAUUCGGUGUGAUGUGAAAGGACUGGUCUG